AUUCUCAAAAGCUUCUCUCGCAGAUUCAGAGACCCUCUCAUUAUCUUCCAAUGGCCUGUACCUCUCUCUCUAAAUCAGCUCUUCCCUUACUACAAAGCAGAAAACCUAAGAGCCCUUCUGCUCCUCUACUUCACCUACACCUCCCGAAAUCAUCACAUUCCCCAAUAUUUGGCCUCAAGCUCAGCUCCCCUAAGUUUUCUUCACCCACCAUUUCCUCUCCGAGGCCUCCUAUUUGUGCCAAGGUGUCAAAAGGUGAUGUUCCUCCCAACUUCAAUCUGAAAGAUCAAAAUGGGAAGAAUGUGUCUCUGUCCAAUUAUAAAGGCAAGCCUGUUGUUGUUUACUUUUACCCAGCGGAUGAAAGCCCUGGAUGUACUAAAGAGGCAUGCGCCUUUAGAGAUUCUUAUGAGAAGUUUAAAAAGGCAGGUGCAGAGGUUGUCGGAAUAAGUGGUGAUGAUCCUAGUUCACAUAAGGCAUUCGCUUCAAAAUAUAAGCUUCCAUUUACAUUGCUAAGUGAUGAAGGAAACAAGGUAAGGAAACAGUGGGGGGUCCCCUCCGAUCUCUUCGGAACACUCGCAGGGAGGGAGACUUAUGUUAUUGACAAGAAAGGAGUAGUUAAGUUGGUCUAUAACAACCAAUUCCAGCCCGAGAAGCACGUGGAUGAGACACUGAAGCUACUACAAAGUCUCUGAGGUCCUACGCAGUUAGAAUUCAUUUGGGACAGUUUUUUUAUUGCUUCUUAAAGUAGUUUUUUAAUGCAAAAAUUUAAAAAUUUGAACUAAAAACCUGUUUUAAGAAGCAGUAAGAAAGCCGUCCCAAACGAAAGCUUAAUCUGUAUUUGUUCUUUUUCCCCCUAGUUAGCUAAAAACUGUUUAUUCUUAUUCAGCAGCGAUAUAAAUGAUCAAAUUUAUGUCUGAUUCUUGCUGUAAAAAAUGGAUUUAACGCCUCAAAUAACUAAGAUGCAAAUGCCAGUGAGCAAAUUUCUCACAUGCAUUUGAUCACAUAAGGUUUCAUUAUAUCAUGGGAACCAUCAAAAAAUCAGAAAAUUAGUUUUCUCGUUCA